CUCUCCCGGGGCUUGGGUGCCUUUGACUCGAGUCCGGAGCUAUUCGCGAGCAGCCACGGGCAAGCCCCGAGAUGUUGAGUCAGGCGCCCAGGACCCCAGCUGCAGGCUGCUGUUACCUGACUCCCAUGACACCUGAGAGCCAGAAGAUGUACCUGCGACUUGAGCAGACCGCGAGACGCUCUCCGUACAGGAUGAGCCGGAUCCUCGCUCGCCACCAGCUAGUGACCAAAAUUCAACAAGAAAUUGAGGCGAAAGAAGCUUGCGAGUGGCUCCGCGCGGCUGGAUUCCCGCAGUACGCCCAGCUCUACGAGGACUCACAAUUCCCCAUCAACAUUGCGGCUGUCAAAAGGGAUCAUGAUUUUCUUGAAAAGGACCUUGUAGAACCUCUUUGCAGACGACUUAAUACAUUGAACAAGUGUGCCUCAAUGAAACUUGAUGUGAACUUCCAACGAAAAAAGGAUGACGACUCCGAUGAGGAAGAUCUCUGUAUCAGCGACAAAUGGACUUUCCAAAGAACCAGCCGCAGGUGGUCUCGUGUGGAUGACCUGAACACGCUGUUCCCUGGGGGAGACAGAACCCAGUCCCCGGGAGGCUGUAGGAUGAGAAACACGACCAGCAGUGAGAGUGUCCUCACUGACCUGAGCGAGCCCGAGGUCUGCUCCAUCCACAGCGAGAGUAGCGGGGGCAGCGACGGCCGCAGCCAGUCGGGCCAUCACUGCGCCGAAGGACCGCCCGUGCCGGAGACCACCCUGGUCAGCAGCAGUCUCCCACAAUCCCCCCGAGACAUUCUCAGCUUUUCUUUCCACCCCAAGAAUGAGAAACCCACCAGGGCCAGGGCCAAAUCAUUUCUGAAACGCAUGGAAACACUCCGAGCCAAGGGAGCACACGGGAGGCCUAAGGGGCCAGGGCGGACGGGUGGCCUGGUGAUCAGCGGGCCUGUGUUGCAGCAGGAGCCCGAGUCCUUCAAGGCCAUGCAGUGCAUCCAAAUACCCAACGGGGAUCUGCAGAACUCGCCCCCUGCUGCUUGUAGGAGAGGGCUUCCAUGCUCCAGCAAGUCCAGUGGGGAGAGCAGCCCUUCAGAGACCAGCAGCAGGGUGAGCACGCCGUGCCUAAAGGAGCGCAAGUGCCACCAGGAAGCCAACAAGCGUGGGGGCAUGUACCUGGAGGACCUCGAUGUGUUGGCGGGGCCAGCGCUGCGGGAGGCAGGAGACCCAAACCACGCGCAUGGGUUUCACUCCCAAGAGAACUUGGUGGUACAUAUUCCCAAGGAUCACAAACCAGGCACUUUCCCCAAGGCUCUUUCCAUUGAGAGCCUCUCACCCAUGGACAACAGCAAUGGGGUUACCUGGAGAAGUGGGAGCAUCUCCCUGAGCAGACAGCAGGGCCCUGGCAUGAGGGAGCCCAGGCUCAUGGCCUCCUGCCACAGAGCCAGCCGAGUCAGUAUCUAUGACAACGUCCCCGGCUCCCAUCUGUACGCCAGCACGGGCGAUCUGCUGGACCUGGAGAAGGAUGACCUCUUACCUCAGCUGGAUGACAUUAUCCAGCAUGUCAAUGGGCUCCAAGAGGUAGUUGAUGACUGGUCCAAAAACAUCUUGCCAGAACUGCAAAGUCAUGAGGUGGUGUUGGGGGGGCCUGGCUUAUCGAUCUUCCCAUCUCCUAAUCAGAUCACCUUAGAUUUUGAAGGCAACUCUGCCUCGGAAGGGCGGACAACACCUAGCGACGUGGAAAGGGAUGGGACAUCCCUGAACGAAUCCGAGGCCACUGGGGUCAGAGAAAGGAGGGAUUCCGGUGUAGGGGCCUCUCUGACCAGGCCAAACAGGCGCCUGCCAUGGAACAGCUUCCGGCUCUCACACCAGCCUCAGCCGUCCCCUGCGUCAGCGCACAUCAGCAGCCAGACGGCCGGCCAGCUGAGCCUGCUCCAGCGCUUCUCCCUGCUUCGCCUCACGGCCAUCAUGGAGAAGUACUCCAUGUCCAACAAGCACGGCUGGUCCUGGUCUGUUCCAAAGUUCAUGAAGAGGAUGAAAGUCCCCGACUACAAAGACAGGGCUGUCUUUGGCGUUCCUCUCAUAGUCCACGUGCAGAGGACGGGACAGCCCCUGCCUCAGAGCAUUCAGCAAGCCCUGCGAUAUCUACGUAGCAACUGUCUCGACCAGGUGGGUCUUUUUCGCAAGUCAGGGGUGAAGUCUCGGAUCCACGCCCUACGUCAAAUGAACGAGAACUUUCCUGAGAACGUCAACUACGAAGACCAGUCAGCAUACGACGUGGCUGACAUGGUGAAACAGUUCUUCAGGGACCUCCCUGAGCCCCUUUUCACCAACAAGCUCAGCGAGACCUUCCUUCACAUCUACCAGUAUGUCCCCAAAGAGCAGCGGCUUCCAGCUGUGCAGGCCGCCAUCCUGCUGCUGGCCGACGAAAACAGGGAGGUCCUGCAAACGCUGCUGUGCUUCCUGAAUGACGUCGUGAACUUGGUGGACGAGAAUCAGAUGACGCCCAUGAACCUGGCUGUGUGUCUGGCCCCCUCCCUUUUUCAUCUGAACUUACUGAAGAAAGAAAGCUCUCCAAAAGUCAUCCAGAAGAAAUACGCCACUGGGAAGCCAGAUCAAAAAGACCUCAAUGAGAAUCUGGCCGCGGCUCAGGGCCUGGCUCACAUGAUCAUGGAAUGUGACCAACUUUUUGAGGUUCCACAUGAGAUGGUGGCCCAGUCUCAUAACUCCUAUGCAGAGGCUGAAAUCCACGCACCAACCCUAGAAGACUUGGGAACGCAGAUGGAGGAGACUGGAGCAACUUUCCACACCUACCUGGACCAUCUUGUCCAGGGCCUCCAGAAAGAAGCCAAAGAGAAGUUCAAAGGAUGGGUCACGUGUUCCAGCUCAGACAACACGGACCUUGCUUUCAAAAAGGUGGGGGACGGGAACCCACUGAAGCUGUGGAAAGCUUCGGCGGAGGUGGAGGCCCCGCCGCCGGUCGUGCUGAACCGCGUGCUCCGAGAACGCCACCUGUGGGACGAGGACUUCGUGCAGUGGAAGGUGGUGGAAACCCUGGACCGGCAGACGGAAAUCUACCAGUACGUGCUGAACAGCAUGGCCCCGCAUCCCUCCAGGGACUUCGUGGUCCUCAGGACCUGGAAGACCGACUUGCCCAAAGGAGUGUGCACCCUGGUGUCCCUCUCUGUGGAGCAUGAGGAAGCCCAGCUCAUGGGUGGCGUACGGGCCACGGUGAUGGACUCCCAGUACUUGAUAGAACCAUGUGGCUCCGGAAAGUCAAGACUGACCCACAUCUGCAGGAUAGACCUGAAAGGCCACUCCCCAGAAUGGUACAGCAAAGGCUUUGGACAUCUUUGUGCAGCAGAAGUUGCCAGGAUUAGAAACUCUUUUCAGCCUCUCAUUGCUGAGGGCCCAGAAACUAAAAUCUGAGUUUUCCCCCGGUGUGACAUCAAACUCAGGGAAUGGGAAGUCAAAACCAAUGCUUGCGGCACAGAUCACCAGCGUGAGAAGGCGAGUGCAAGGAGCCCUGGAGGCCGUGGGUGAUGCUCAGGGUGGAAACGCCGAGAAGUCCCAAUGCCGAAGGUACACGAGUUUUCUGAGAACUUUUCUAGCCUUCCCAGAGACAGCUACAUCUGUACUAAUAUAAUAUUUUUUAAAAAUGAGAACAUUUAUCUAUGUUACUUAAAUGGGUUAUUCCUUGCGUGUUACCUAAUUUGCUAUUUAAAGGCUUCUAAGAAGCAUAUCUCCAGCUGUAAAUAAAUGUAUUAUAGCAUAUGUACAUAUGUGUGAAUAUCUGUCUUGACUGUAUAUAUGUAAAAUAUUGAUUUUAUAAAUAAUUGUCUGACUCUGUGAGUCCCUUCCUCACAUGGUUGCUCUGGAAGCCAUCUCCCUACUGCCCUGUUAGCUGAGUAGAGCCUGCUGCUGACGCCAAAGUGUGACAUGUCUAGUCUGUUCUUCUGCCCUAAUUCUUACCCAAAGAUAAGCUAACCAAAGGAAAAUGGCAUCAAAAGCCUCUGCAUUUUGGCCACAUGUUUUUGUUGUUUAAAAACAGACAGUGUAAUAUUGGGAUAUACUGAGGGGAAAAAUAAUUACUCAUCUUUAUCUCCAAAGCAGUGGAUGAGAGGUCAUUGCCAAAUUUAAAGCUACAUUGUGAGUUGCUGCUGGGCCCACCAUAUGCAAUUUCAGUGAGACGUCGGAUGACCACUGGAGUAAGCACCAGCACCUUCCCCACCCCAUACCCUAAAUACAUCAGAGACUCUUCAUGGUCACAGCCAAGGGGUUAUAAUGCUAUUUAAUGUACUUCUCUUUGACCAGUGGCCUAUGUGGCCACAGUUAUUUGAGACUUUCUUACUAACUUAUGGUAUUGAGCUUGACUCUGGACACCAGACAAAGGGAGACGAUGGUCUGUCAGGAGUCUUUGGCCAUAACAGCUUCAGGGAAUCCACAUUGUGCUAUAUAUAAAUGAUGCUUUUACAAUAUCAUUAAUUAAAAUCUUUCGAUCUAAAAGACAGGGUUUUAAACUAACAUAAGACCAAAGCUGUAUUGCUCAUUAGUUUCAGAAAACAUAAGCAAAUAUAUCACUCCCAUAUUUCUCCACUACCUAGCUCACUUUGCAUUUGACCCCACCUUAUUUAUUGCUACGUAAACUAAGCAAACUGGUUUUCCUUACCUAACUGAGAAUGAAUUUUUUGUUUUUAUUGUAAUUCAACAACUGUAGAGAGUAUGAUAACUUAUUUUGUUUGGCUUCAAGAAGAGAGAUUUUCUUCGGUUGUCUGGGACAGAGACUGAUAUCCUAAUUUAGCAACUGGUAUUGGAGAAAAAAAGAAUACAAAUGUGUUUUCAGUGUUUUGUAUUAUAUGCAUUUAUGCAGUGUUUUCUUUUUAUCAGCAGUGUGCAACUGUUUUGCUGAGAGUAAUAAAAAAAUUGCUUUCUGUAA